AUGGCUUCCCCCGCCUUCGCCGCUGCGGGUGCUGGCGUAGCUGUCAUUUUGGCACGAGAUGAGAAGCUCGGAACCGUGGCAACUGGUGCAGCAGCUGCAGCAGGAGCUUUGAGCGGCUACGCUCUUUGGCAAUACCUGUCUUCAGAUGGUGCCGGUCGUGCGUUGCGCACAUUUGACGGCAUCUUGGGUCGAGAGGUGGAGCAAAGGGUGAUGGAUCUUUGCGGUGGAGAAGCCAGCCUUUCUUUGCGUUUAGCCGCGCGUGCAUGCAGCGAUGACGAGGAUGGUGGUGUGGAGCAUCUACGCCGAAUUUGCAAGAAGAAAGGAGUUUCUUCCGCCGUGGGAACACGUGCGGUGAAGCUUUUGUCAAGGGACCUCCCGGAAGAGGACAGAGACCUACAAACUUUAGAGGACGCGCUGGCGCUUGCAACCUUUUCACAAAAGCUUCAAAUCCUGAACGAGGAAGAUCCCAAGACGCAGCUCCCAAGACUCUGGAAGAAGAUGAGCCAGAAGGCUAGAAUGUCAGCGCUCUCUUUGGACUAUGCUGCGCUUGGUGGCGGCAUGUCCGGAGCUGCUGCUUUGUGCGCUUUGCUGGAGGUCAUAGCAGCGGGAAGUGCGGCAACAGGCGAAGUGCCAAACUUGCCAGACCUCAUCGUGAAGACGUUGCAGUCCAGUUGGAAGGAGGCAGUCGCCAAGAAUGACUUUGAUGCUGAGUUUUGCAACAUCAUCGUGAAGGAACAUCCAGAAUUGAAGGAGCUGCUUGAGAGUUCCCUUCUCAGAGGCCACAACAUCAUCAACAUCAUCGGCUAUCUUGUGGAACUUCUGCAGGGCAAACGUAUCCACCACUUUCAGAGAAUCGCCCAUGCUCUGGCAGUUGCUGGCCACAUGGCUGGCCUCAGAUUGCUUCACCUGGCAAGGGUCAAACAUGCGUUGGUCGACAUCAUGACCAAAGUUGCGGAACAGCAGGGCUCGAACUCGAAGGCCGUCAACCGGGCGUGGCAUGCUUUCUUCUAUGCCUUCGGAGCCGUGGCAGCGCCGUACCUAGUGACAGAAGACCGCCUUGAAGAGAUCGCUGCCGCUACAGCUUCUGCAUUACCAACUCCUGGCGGAGGGCCGCAUGCUGCCAUUGCUUCAGUUCAUGGAACCGCUCUCCUGGAGAUGUGCUUGCGCAUUUCGAAUCCAAAGGGUGACGCCAUUCCUGCAGAUUUACUGCCAAAACUGCGAGACAACAGUCGCAAAUUGAUCCAAUGUGCACGAGAUGAUGCAAACGUCUACUGCGGUUUUUUAGCAGCAGUGUAUGCAACAACCAGUGAGGACGACCUUGAGAGGCUCCGAUGGCUGAAGAAAGCGACAGAGGUACCCGUGUCUGUAGCAGAGCUUGCGCUCAAAACAGGCACAGCUUGUUUGCACAGCAAACGAGUUGUCAAGCAGAGCUUGAAGGGUGACUGGAUUGCCGGGGCCAAGUUGCUGCGGACUGGACUUGAGAUCUCUCUGAAGAAUGUGUCGAUCAACCUCCGCAGUCUGGGGACCAAUCGUUACAGUGAAAUCAGUGAUCGCUUAGCAAAGCUGCGAGAAUUUGAGCCACCCUGGGAGGAUCUCUUGGACAUGAUGUGA